GGUAUGAACUCCACUACGCUUCUCUCUCUGCAAUUACUCUUGAGAGCUUCUCUCUCUAGAAUAUUGAGUAUUGUUAACUUGAGUGUCGGAGUGUUUUCCCAUAGGAAACAUCCUCGGGAUUUUCAGAUGUUGAAGUAGUUGAAGAUUUGUACAGUGGAGUGCGAGUGCUCAAAGGAAACCAAAAAAUGGCUAGAGCGUACUAUCAGGAUACAUUCAAGAAAGUUGAACUUGUCGUAGUGCCAAAGGCCUCUUCUUCUCAAGUUCCUAGGCCAAGCCAGCCAAGCCUACAGAUGAUGAGCAUAUCUGACAUAGACCACCACCUUGAGAAUGUGGAGCAGAAGGCUAAGCUAGUAGAACUAGUGGAGACAAUCCCUUUAAACCUUGACGAACCAGAAAAGAUAGUAAAAAUUGAAACUAAGCUCACACAGGAGGAAAGAGCUGAGCUUUUAGAAUUUUUAAAGUCCAACCAGGAUGUUUUUGUCUGGACAACAAAUGAAAUGCUUGGAAUUUCAGUAGAGAUUUCAGUCCACAAGCUCAGCACAGAUCCUAUAAAGAAGCUGGUAGUUCAGAAGCGACGACUUGUUGGCCCUAAGAAGCAAGCUACUAUAGAUGAAGAAAUAAAAAAAUUGUUACAGGCAGAAUCAAGAAAAUUCCUAGGAUAUGUGGUAUCCAAGAAAGGAAUUGAGGUGAAUCCAGACAAGGUUCAGGCCGUGCAGCAGAUGGAACCUCCUAAGAUAGUAAAAGAUGUGCAACGUCUGAUGGGCCGUCUCGCUGCUUUACACAGGUUUAUCACCAGAGUUGCAACUGUUGAGGGAUUCGGGGCAGGAGCAGUGUUAAUAGGCCUAGAUGGUUUUAAGUCCGAGCAUGCAUUGAGAUUCAAAUUUCAAACGACCAAUAACGUUGCUGAAUAUGAAGCACUCAUCUACGGUAUGAAAUUAGCAUCCGAGUUGAAAGCGUAAAGCAUAAGAGUCUUCAAUGAUUCACAGCUUGUAGUAAACCAAGUGAAUGGAAGCUGUGAUAUCAAGGAACCUGAGCUCGGUUAUUAUGCCUCUAUGGUCAACAGUUUGAAAUUAGGUUUUGUUUCAUUUUAGAUUGACAAGAUACCAAGGGCAGACAAUUGUGUGAAGCGUUUGUGUCAAUAUAUAUAUAUAUUCAUUCAAUUAAAUAAAAGAGUCAAGCCAUU